AUGGCAGCAUUGAAAGGCACAAAGCCAAACUUGUGGCAAAAGCUCACUACUGUCAAACUUCUUAUUUCCCUUGCAACAUCAAAUAAAUGGUUUCUACAUCAACUUGAUGUUGAUAACGCUUUUCUACAUGGGGAACUUAAUGAAGAGGUGUAUAUGCAACCACCUCCAGGUCUGAUUGUCCACAAAGAAGGACAGUCAAAAUCUGACCAUUCAUUGUUCAUUAAAAGAACAAGCACAAGCUUUACUGCUUUAUUAGUAUAUGUGGAUGAUAUUGUAUUAGCAGGAAACUCUAUGGAGGAAAUAAACUGUAUAAAGGGACUUUUACAUAAGAAAUUUCGAAUCAAGAAUCUCGGAGAGCUCAAAUACUUUUUGGGAUUGGAAGUUGCCAGGUCCAAAAAGGGUAUACAUUUAUGUCAGAGAAAGUAUGCUUUAGACAUACUUGAGGAAACAGGAAUGCAGGGGUGCAAGCCUUCUUCCACUCCUUUCCUAAGAGACACCAACCCUCUAUACAGAACAGAUGACUACCUGGAUGACCCAGGUCCAUACAGAAGAAUGAUAAGGAAGUUGUUAUACCUCACAAAUACUAGACCAGACUUGUGUUUUUCAAUUAAUCUUCUUAGCCAAUUCAUGAAAUCACCUACUACUCAUCAUUAUAAAGUUAUCCAACAUAUGCUUAGAUAUAUUAAGUCUACACCAUCUGAUGGACUAUUUUUUGCUGCAGAUUCUGCUAUGCAUUUGAAGGCCUUCAGUGACUCUGACUGGGCUACGUGUCCUAGCACAAGAAGAUCUACUACUGGAUUUUGUGUUUUCCUUGGGUCAUCUCUCAUCUCUUGGAAAUCUAAGAAGCAGGGAACUAUUUCCAGGUCCUCUACUGAAGCUGAAUACCGUGCCCUUGCAGCCACUGUAUGUGAAAUACAGUGGCUCCGUUAUCUCUUACAAGACCUUCAAAUUGAAGAAUCUGGGGUUCCUGUUCUAUACUGUGACAACAAGUCAACGCGACAUAUUGCUCAUAAUCAGAGCUUCCAUGAACGAACCAAGCACAUAGAGCUUGAUUGUCACGUGGUACGCGAGAAAAUUCAAGUUGGGCUCCUAUAUCUCCUUUCAGUCUGA